AUGUGUUCUACUUGUCUUAAACUUCUUUGGGUACCAAUUAUUGAUGCAUUAUAUAUAGGACGAUAUGGUCGAAGAAAAACAUGGCUUAUAUCAGUACAAUAUAUAAUUGGAUUGGUUAUGAUUAUACUUCCAUAUCAUAUUAAUGAUAUAUUACUUGCAACACAAGUAUCAACAAAUAAUCAACCACGUUUUCUUCUAUUCUGGGGAAUCAUUUUUAUAAUAUCAACAACAUUAAUUGCUUUAUUAAAACAUGAAAUUGAUGAAAAUUACGAUCCACAUGAACCUCAUUUUGCUCAAUCUAUUGCAGUGAUUUUAUUAACAGCUAAAAUAGAUUUUGCUGCAACAGAUGCAAUGACUGGAUUAGAAUUAAUUGAACGUGGUGUUACAAGAGAUUCAUUAGCUUUACUAGCAAUACGAUUAACACCAUUAUAA